GAUGCGUCAUCCGAAGAGGAGGAGGGCAGCGGCAACCGAGGGACACCCCGGCAGGGACCCUGCCGGCUCCGUCAGCCCUGACUCAGGCUGGGGGAUCUCCCCACCUGCCUGCAGCUAGCGGGGAGAUGGAGCAGCCCAGCCCACAUGCCCGGCCUUCCGCCCCCUACUCCGCUUGAUAACAGACUAGAAACUGAAAGGGGAUCAGGCUGCCUGGCUUGAAGUCCCAGAUGAGUCACUGCUGAGAGCGGCUGCUGUAGCUGGGAGGUGGCAGCAGAGAGGCAGACGCGAGCCCAGGGCGCAGAGCCAGCAGCACAGCUAAGAGACCCCAAGGAGCAUGGCGCGCGGCAUGGAGGUGGUGGCCAUGGACUGCGAGAUGGUGGGGCUGGCGCCCAACGGGGAGAGCGGCCUGGCGCGCUGCAGCCUCGUGGACCUCCACGGCGCCGUGCUCUACGACAAGUUCAUCCGGCCCGAGGGGGCCAUCUUAGACUACAGGACCCGGGUCAGCGGGGUCACGCCUCAGCACAUGAUGAAAGCCACACCAUUCGCUGUGGCCAGACGGGAGAUCCUACAGCUCCUGAGAGGCAAGCUGGUGGUGGGGCAUGACCUGAAGCACGACUUCAAGGCCCUGAAAGAGGACAUGAGUGGCUACUCCAUCUACGACACGUCCACCGACAUGCUUCUGUGGCAGAAGGCCAGACUGGACAACAGCAGGGGCGUGUCCCUGCGGGUGCUGAGCGAGCGCCUGCUCCACCGCAGCAUCCAGAACAGCCGGUUCGGGCACAGCUCUGUGGAGGACGCCAGGGCGGCCAUGGAACUCUAUCAACUCUCGCAGCGAAUCCGCGCCCGCUGAGAGCUGCCCCGCCCAGCCACCGGGACUGCAGCGUGACCCGGACCUUCCCUCGGGACCAGAGACUUUGCCUCUUUGGGACAACAACUCCUUUGCUUUUGAUAAAUGCAUUUUUAGUAGUAA